GCUGCUGCAAUAAUAUAACGUAGUAAGCUAAAAUAAGUAAAAUUAUUCAGACAAUAUCUGUUUCAUUAUCAGCCAGCUGGGGAAAGUAACCCAUCCGGGCGAUGUUAUUACUAUGUAACCAUUCACGUGUAAUCACCUAUUCACGUGUUACAUAAACUUUACAGGUGCUUUGUUUGCUUCAGCAGUCGGCUAAUUUUUUAGCAAUGAUUUACAUUUCUGUCUUAUAAAACCUCUGUAGAGACUGAAAUAGAGAUGAAAAGAAAUAUAGUUGUGUUUUUCCUUUGGAUUUUUACGGUUUACUACGUGGAAUGUGACAGCAACUCGCAAAGAAAGACAAAACGAGAAGAAAUAAAGGACGAAAAAGAACCACAUCCAUACACCAUUUCUUUCUUUACAUUUCCUAAGGGUGCUGCAAACGAGCUUUUAAAACCAAAACGGGAAUCAAAACGGGAUAAUCCGGAUUUAUCAUUUCAUAAAAAAAUAAAGCAAUUGGUAUCGAAAAAGGAGACUAAAUCGAAAGUCAACGAAAAACCGAAAGUAAUCAAAGAAUCCUCUAUAAAGAAGGAGGAAACAAAGCAGGAGAAAAACAACAAAAAAUAUCAUCAAACAAAAGAAAGGCCGAUUAACAAACUAAAGAAGGAAAAACAAAACUAUCAACAUCUGGAACCAUGGAGUCCAAUUCAUAAAAAGGCUCAAAACAAUAAACAACAUGCCGCUGAGCAACAGACCGAAUCUUACCAAGAAGGAAGCAUUAAACACCCAUUACACACCAUGUACCCUAAAUGCCAUCAUUGUCCCAGCAACUCCUCUUACGAAGAUUGUGUGAGUAAAUCCACGCUGAAGAAAUGUAACAUCGGUCUAAACAAUAUUUGUUUUACAAAAAGUUUUCAAAGUAAUUCCCGUGGUAUUAUUUACGAAAUGGGUUGUUCAAAUCAUAGAAAGUGUCAAAAGGCAAAAGCAACACCGUGCAAAGGAACAAUGAAAAAUUGCUUCGUUUGCUGUCAGUUUGACGGAUGCAACGCGCUGGAGCAUCACUACUACGAGUCGAAACAGAAUGAUGACGAUAGUCUUGGAUAUUCAUCUUUUAAUAAAGCAACACCUCAAAAGUGGAGUUCUCUGAUAAUUAUUGGCCUGUCAUUUGCUGCCUUCAUGCUGACGUAAUAUAGAUUACAGUGUCGCUAUGUAAUCAUUAAGCAGGUUAAUUAACUAUAGUCAGACUGAGAGUUACACAGAUUUCGGCAAAAAAACCUGCGAGAAACAACGUUUGAAGCAUAAGAAAACAAAUUGAUUACCAUAAGAGUUUAGUGGAUAUUAAGAUGAUAAAUUAUAAUACGAAAUAUUGAAAACAUACAGACUGGUGAUGGAUGUAAUAUUUUGUCAUGCAGACAUGCAACGUACGCUUACCAAUUGACAAGUCUAAAUCAGUUUUAAGCCAAUAAAUGAAGUUGCGUGGUAAUAUUGCUGUGGCAAUAUUAUAGUGAGCGUCGCUCUCUACGCCUUUUAUCAUUGUGCCGGAAAACAGUUUUGAAAUUGUGAACAAGUAGCUAUAUGCAUCAAAAUAAGAUGAGCAAGGCCAGUCAGUGAAAGCGAUUUUCAGCGUUGUUCGGACUAUUUUCAUCAAAACAAAAUGUAAAAUCAUAUGAUUAUUACAAAAAAACCCGGCAUGCAUGUCUAAAAUCUGGAGCUCACUAUAUAUAAGGAAGUGAAGAAAAGUAUAAUACUAAAAUUGGAGAUUAAUCAUCUCGAACAUCCGUUUUAUAAGCAGGUACCAGUAAGGGGGCAAAUAAUAGAAAGCUAAAAAUUAUUGUGCAUAUAUAUCGAUAUGCUAAAGGUUUCUCUAACUGUGAAAUUGAUAAAAUCCUGGAUUCAAUGCAGGAUAUAUUACUUUAUUUACUUUUAUUCGGAAUGAAUUAUGCCCAAGUCUACGGAACGCACCCAAGCAAGGGCAAGGAACACGAAUACUGGCAGGGUGUAAACGAGAAUGAUAAAGAUCUGCGCAUUCAAGGCCGGUAUCAUCAGAACGGUGUAGAAAAUCUGAAACGAUUAUUUUACAAUGUGUACUCAAAUUCGUAUGACAAACAUACGGAUGAUUUUUACCAGAAAACUGAGAUGGACAACAAGAAGAAUGUUAAUAAUGAUAAACGAGGUAAACCGGUAUGUCGACAUUGCAAAAGAGGAAAGAUAACAAAGUUACUUGAUGAAUGGAUAUUAUUCAUUUUUAUUCUGCAUUGUUUAUGUGCAGGAGCAUUACUUGAUCACUGGACUCAGUACUGGAAUAUUCAUACUUAGCACUUUAAACUGUUCCUACAUAGCUAUACAGAUCGAUAAGAAGAAUUGGUUACUCGCACAAU